GAGUCGUCGGGCGUCUGUCUGAAUAGGGGGCUGAAAGCGGCAGGCUCAGAUUCCCGGAGGAGAAGGGAAAGGGGCGAAAGGGGGAUGUCCUUUCCUCUCGCUCGCCUGCCCCGCAGCUCCCGCCCCGGAAAAUGCAAAGGGGCUGUGCGAGCCUGCGGGAUUUCUGGAGGCCUCCGCCAGCCCCGCAGACAGUGGAAUGGCGUCAGGGAGAUGUUUGGGAUCGUCCUUAUGUUCCAUCAGAGGAGAAGCAGCCGCUCAGGGACUGGUGACCUUCGAGGAGGUGGCCGUGCGCUUCACUGAGGAGGAGUGGGCCUUGCUGGAUCGGGGCCAGCGAGCUCUGUAUAAGGCGGUGAUGCUGGAGAAUUAUGAGGCACUGACUUCUUUAGAAGCGCUUCUGAGUUCGAAACCAGACCUCAUCUGUUGGCUGGAAGAAGAAGAGGAAAAGGACCACCUUGUCUGGGGAGCUGCAGAAGAGGAGAGAUUAUCAGAUGAUGGGGUUUUGAUCAGCUGGGAAAAUUAUUUUCGACUGGAAAGUCCCAUGGCAGAAUUGGAAAUUGAGACCUUUCCAGAAAGAUGCCAGGAAAGGAUUUCCUUCCCAACCGUUGAUGGUGAACCGGAAGUGUGCCGUUCUGAAACGUCUAAGGACCAUUCGCACAACACCCAGUAUCCGUGUUUGGUCAAAGUAGAUCCUCGUUCGCUUCUCCCUCAGCUGGAGUUCUACACCCAGGCCCUGCGGGUCGUGUUCCAUUCGACGCUGAGCCUGUGCAAUGCCUACCUGUUCAGCAUUGGCAGGCAGCAGCGGCGGAGAGAACUGAUCGGCCAGUUUUUCCGGAAGUACUUCUUGAAAGCUAACAGGAGCCACCGCGUCCUCCGCAAAAGGAGGACCAAACGGGCCGCGGCGUUCCUCGCGCUGCUGGACAGCGGACCGAUCCCCCGGCGCUGGUGGGUGUCUCCCACGACCAGCCGCAAUUGGUGGGAGAACUUUGUUCAGGCGGACUCGGGCGACGAAAAGUGGAUCGAGCACUUCCGCAUGAGCAGAGGCACUCUUUUUGAAAUCGCGGACAUGCUCCGGCCCCAGCUGGAGCGGCAGAAGACCACCAUGCGGGAGGCCAUCUCCGUGGAGAAGCGCGUGGCCAUCGCUGUUUGGUGGCUCUCGAAUCUGGAGUGCUACCGCGAGGUUGCCACUCAGUUUGGGGUGGGGAGAUCCACCGUAGGAGAGAUCGUCUUGGAGGUCUGCUUCGCCAUCAAACAUCGGCUUGCCCACCGAAUCGUCUACUUGGGAGACUACCAGAAGAUAAUGGAUGGUUUUAAGGAGCUGGGAUUCCCUCACUGCAUUGGUGUCAUGGAUGGGACGCUUCUACCCAUUGUGACCCCUACGGGCCAGGCAGAGGAGUCUGCCAGCCGCAAGAAAUUCCACUCCAUCCUCCUCCAAGGAACAACGGACCAUACGGGCCGAUUUAUUGACAUCGAAGUCGGGUGGAGCGGGAAACACCACGACGUGUCCAUCUUCCGGAAAUCUGCACUCUGCCAGGGCAUGGAUAACGGCAGUUUUGUUCCGGGGAACCCCGUUAUCACCCUGGGGGACACAGAGGUGCCGGCGCUAAUCCUUGCCGACGGCGCGUACCCCAUGCGGAAAUGGCUCAUGAAACCCUACGAAGGCCACCUUGGCCCGAGGGAGACCCUGUUCAACAGCAUCCUUGCCCGUUGCCACGACGUGGUCGGGCGGGCCUUUGGCCGGCUGAAGGCCCGGUGGCAGUGCCUCACCAAUCGGCUGCCGGUGGCGGAAGAGAACGUGGUGCCGGUGGUGACCGCGUGUGCCGUCCUGCACAACAUUUGCGAGACCAAGGGGCAUGCGCUGCAGGAAGGCUUGGACAUCCCUGACCAUAUACUGUUACCCGACUACAACGAGGAGGAAUCCUGUCCGUGUAACAACAGGGAUGUGGAAGAGGGGGAAGUGGUGCGCGAUGCAAUCACUGCGCUCCUGGUUCCCUGGCUCCUGAAGCAGCACCUGCACAAUGCCAGGAGGCUGUCGGAAGCGAAGUGGGAGGCGGCGGAAGAGAACCUCAGGGAGGCAGGCUCAGUCGGGAAGGAUUCCCACGGCCGGAUGAGCAGAGGCAGACGAAGCUCCCGCAAACACACCCCAGCCCCCUUUGCCAUGGAGAAGCCGUUUGAAUGCUCCGAGUGCGGGAAACACUUUGCCACCAGCUCGCAUCUCAUCAACCACAAGCGUGUGCACACCGGGGAAAAGCCCUACAAGUGCUUGAGCUGCGGGAAAAGCUUCACGGAGAGAGGCAACCUGCUGAAACACCAGAGGAUGCACACCGGCGAGAAGCCGUACGGGUGCUCCGACUGCGGGAAGGCCUUCGGCAUCAGCUCGCAGCUCAUCAGCCACAAGAGGGUCCACACCGGCGAGAAGCCGUACGAGUGCCUAGACUGUGGCAAAUGCUUCUGCACCAGCUCGCAGCUUGUCCGCCACAGCAGGGUUCACACGGGGGAGAAACCCUACGAGUGCUCGGAGUGCGGGAAAACUUUCAGCCAGAGAUCCUACCUCGUCGGCCACGAGAGGACCCACACAGGGGAGAAGCCCUUCGAGUGCUCACGGUGUGGAAAGUGGUUCUCGCACCGCUCGGACCGCCUGCGGCACGAGAAGAUCCACACCGGGGAGAAGCCGCACAGGUGCGCCGACUGUGGCAAGGGCUUCAACCAGAGGGGCUCGCUCAUCACGCACCAGAGAACCCACACGGGGGAGAAGCCUUUCGAGUGCUCCGAGUGUGGGAAGAGCUUCAAUGACCGGGGCUAUCUCGUCACCCACCGGAGAACCCAUACAGGGGAAAAGCCAUACGAGUGCACGGACUGCGGGAAGAGCUUCAGCCGGACGUCCCACCUGACUGCUCAUAAAAAGACGCAUGUGGGACAGGAGUCCUAGCGUGCAUGGGCAGCUGGCUGGGUGCCUGGACCGGGGCGCUUCCUCCUUCACGGGAGGCGGCCUGCCUGCACUCGCCCGUUUCCUGCUGGGGAAACCGUGCUGGCAGUGGCUUUGCCAUCGCGUGUACCAAGUGCUGGACUCACCUCGGGCCCGAUCCAGCAGGGCGUUUCUCACAUCCUUGCGGGUGACUUUGGGCCAGUCACAGACCCUCAGCCUAGCCUACCUCACAGGGCUGUGGGAGUAUAUGAGGAGGGGAGGAAUUAUGUGCACUGCACUGGAUUUCUUGCGAGAAAAAACAGGGUGAGAUCCAAAUGUACUAAUAAAGAGGGAAGGGAGCAGUGGA